AUUCUCACUUGUUUCACUGUUGCAUCACUUGCUUGGUUAAUUGUUUGUAAGUAGGUGGAAGUUUCUGGUUUUCUUUUGUCCUAUUUGCAUUCUGGGUUUUAAUUUAAUAUGAUAUGAUAUCUUAUGGUUUGUAGUUAAUAAUGUAAUAUUCCUUCUAUGCUUUUGCAAUCUUUAAUUCGUUCCCUUAAAGUCGUGGGGGCCCAAGUAUUGCUCUUUUAAUCGUGACCCUUGAAGAGAUUCAUCCAUCUGUUGUCUCAAUGAAGAUAUGGCCAAGUUUCUUGCCUUGAUUGCUCUUGAACUUGAUGCUCAUGAAGUUUGCUUCACCAACUCUCAUGGACAACAGUACCACCAAAGUGAUGUUGUUUUGGAUGGUAAUGAAGAAUUUCUUGUUUUGGUGUUUGAUCAAGCACUUGGUGUUGGUGAAGGAGUUUUGGGGAUUGGGUUUUCUGCAGUCCUUAAUGCGCACUUGAAAGGCUUCUAUAAAUUCACUUACUUGGAUGGAGGAGAGAAAAAGAAUAUGGCCGUCACUCAAUUUGAACCUGUGGAUGCAAGGCGAUGCUUCCCAUGUUGGGAUGAACCUGCACUCAAGGCCACCUUCAAGAUUGCAGUAGAUGUACCAUCAGAGCUGACAGCUUUGUCCAAUAUGCCAAUUAUCAGUGAAAAGCUUGAUGCAAAUGUUAAGACUGUUUAUUUUGAGGAAUCUCCUAUUAUGUCAACUUAUUUAGUAGCUGUUGUUGUUGGCCUAUUUGAACAUAUUGAAGAUACAACAUCUGAUGAUACUUCUCAACGCCUUACCCACUUCCCAAGCUUGAUAAUUCUAACCUGGUUGCGGUUCCUGAAUUUUCUGGUGGGGCCAUGGAGAAUUAUGGUUUGAUCCCUUACCAUGAAAAUGAAAUGCUUUAUGAUCAUUUGCAUUCCAAAACAGCAAGGAAGCAAAGAGUAUAUUUUCAGCUUCGUUACACUUUUGCAGUCAUACAAUACUGUACAUAAAUCAGAACAUUUGAAGGGGAAGUAGAGCUUUCUUUAGUUUCUCUUGUAUAGUUUCUACUCUGAAAAGUCCGGUGAUGUAUGUUCUAUUCUAUACCCUUUUUCCUGAAUGGAAAAUAUGGUCUCAAUUUCUUCACCAAACUACUGGUGGCCUAGUCAAGGAUGCACUGGAACGAUCACAUCCAAUUGAGGUAAAGAACAACAAAUACUGUUGCUCACUGUGAAAACUGCUGAAAACAGUACUAUUUCGCAUAAUUUCAGGUGGAGAUGCACCCUGCUCGUUCAAUUCUUGAGGUUUUCGGUGAUAUCAGCUACAAAAAGGGAUCUGCUGUUAUUCGAAUGCCGCAGAGUAUCUCGGGGAUGACAUAUUCCCAGUACAAAAUUGAUGUCCAUAAGUACCAAUGAGUUUAAUUUUUCAUGCAUCACCAACAACUUCAAGUUUUCAUAGUGAAUAUUGUAUGUGGAAAUACUCUUCUUAUCACCAAAUGCACUGCUUGAAAUUAGCCCCGGCAUCUAGGAAAUUUUCUGAAAUGCCAGGUGCAAUCCAAUGCCCAGUACUGAUCAAUUCUUUCUCUCAAAAUAUAAACA